AUGGGAACUAAUACUAAUAUAGAUGACAAUGCUAAAAGUUUGAUCUAUAAAGAUACUAAUGGGGAAAUUCAUGACGAAGAAAAAUAUUUCGAAAUAAAAUCGGAAAAAGGGUUUGACAUUGAAUUGAUCUCAGCAGCCGUUAGCACAAAUGAUAAUCCAGACUUGCCAUGCUUGACAUUUCGAUAUUGGGUGCUGAGUACUGAACACGUGUGCAUAGGCGUCGCUGUUGCUGCAGGUGGUUUUAGCGCGUAUGCUGUGGAUAUUAUCUCAAUUCAAGAAUUAUUCUAUAAUACUCGAGUUAGUUUCUUCGUCGGUUUCAUGUUACUGAUUAGCACGCAAAUGAUUGGAUAUGGGCUCGCCGGAUUUGUUCGAAAAU